CCUCCUGAAUUUCACAGAAUUUGUACUGUCCAUUGCAAAUUUAGACCUGGUUAUAUCAAUUCCCCAAGGCUAUCAUAAUUUUGUGGACACACCAAGUCAUCUCGACAUGGGCGAGAACAAACGACCAGAUCUAAGACGCUGGCUGGAGACGAUGGUCCUGGAGCAUCGGUGUCCAGGCCUGGAGUGGGAGGACAAAGAAGAGAAGCUGUUUCGUCUGCCCUGGCCACACCAGAAGUCACGGGAAUGGCGAGCCGAAAACUGCCAGAUUUACAUCGAGUGGGCCAAACACACGGGCAGGUUUAAGCCUGGUGACCCCAUGGACUUCCCCACUUGGAAGACCCGCAUCAGGACGGCCAUUAACAAGAACCGGGAGAUCGAGGAGGUGCCCAGCCUUCACCAACGGGACUCCGCCAACCCUUACAAAGUGUACCGCUUCAAACCCACCUCGCCCGCGAGGCCCAGAAGAGAACAUGAACGUGCAUCGCCGACAUCCACCGUGAACGAUGAACUGCUUCCACUUCCGGUCGUCGCCGACAGUACGAAUUUCUUUGUCUUUCCACAAGGGACAGAGCAGUCAAAGACUUUCAGCAUCCCAUGUCAUUACUCUGGGGGCGCGGUGAAAUCGAUGAGUCCCAUGAGCUACAUAGGCAUACCCAUCACUGCGAUAGCUCCUGAGUCUCGGACUUUUGACUUGAUGGAUACUUCUGAAAGAGACAGCGUUGCCUUCGCUGUGGAUGCCACGCAGAAUGGAAUAGCGCAGUUAGCUGUUUACGAUGGAUAUAUUAAAUCUAAUCUAUCGGUAAACUGUGAGCCAUCUGAGACAAAGAUGGACAUUGCGAAUCAGAUCAGUUCUUUGAAGAAAGAGGAUCCAGACCAAUUACCUUCGGAUUUGAACUCCUUACCUUCAAGUGACCUUUUGAGUUUCAAUAGCACUCCAACCAAUUACGAAACUAUUCUUCCUUCCAUUAACGACGAGUUGUUCAAGUCACUGGACAAAGCCGUACAAGGCGUGUGUUACUUUCAUGUGCAGGUCUUGUACGGCAUCCCCGGCAGAGUCGUCAACAGCUCCUCCGUCAGAACCAAUCGCUGUCGCCUGUUUUUCGGCUCCCCGGACAGCAGGGCCAAAGCGGACAUCGAACAGCGGACGGAGAUACAAAUGCCCAAUUUCCAAGAGCUGGAUGGAAUCGGCGAUGACAUCAAGGACAAGAUUAACAAGGCGCUGUUUGAGACUGAGGGAGGAGAGGUCAUCUUAACCUACCACGACGGGGACAUUUACGCUGAGAGAAGGUGCCUGACCAGGGUGUUUGUCUCGGACGGAGUGUCUGAAAGUACUGUCUUGCCCAGGAGUAAAAAAAAUCGCCCGGCCGUCAGCAUCAAAAUCUUUGAUUUCAACGAAAAGUUCCGUUCCGAGUUCAUCGCCCACCAGAAUGACCCAAGCCAACCAGUCCCCAAAGACUUUUGUUAUUUAACAUUUGGAUACGAGAUACUGAAAAACGACGAAAGCCCCCUCCGUGUUGUGCCCGUCUAUGUUGUGGUCAAGCACCAACAGGCUGUUAAUUUUCGCAAUGCUAAAGUCAAGUCAAUAGAUUCGUCGAAACCUCUGAUCUCAAACUCUUUGUAACGUAUCAAAUUGAAAUAAAUCAAAACAUUUUUAAAUGCUGUAUCGAGGUUGGAAUUGGGGGUGGGGUAUUUUUUAAAAAAGAUUAUUUAUUAUGUGUACAGUUUAGUGAUAGGUAUUUGGGUCUAUAACGAAAAGAAACUCUUCGAGACCGUAUUUUAAAAAAAAGUUCUCCAGCAAAGUUGUUAAAUUUUUGUAAGACCUAUUUCUAUGCUGUACACAUAAUUAAUAACAUAGAAUUUAAAAGUCUGAAUUUCUUCUUUGUUCUCUUUGUAUUAUGUUCAAUGGUUCGAAUCAUUAAUCCUAUAUCUGAGAUGAACCGCGCAGUGAUUUCUUGAUCAGGCAGUUCUUAGUAUAGUUUUUCUUCUAUAGGAGGGUUUCGAGGCCAGAGUGCUGUUCGGGCUUCUCGAUAGAGCAUGCAGCUUCGUAGGACAUGGUUAUAGUUCUCUGGUGACGCUGGGGCAAGUCCCGAUUUUAGCUUCCAGAACUCAUGUUGUCUCAUUAUGUUGUGUCCUGAUCUCAGGCGAAAAAAUUAUGCGUUGGUCAUGUCGAGAUAUCUUAUAAUAGGCAUCGUUUUAAUGAGUUGCAAAAGUUUUAAAAAUUAUUUUUGUUUAUGAAAUGAGUUGUAGAUAUAUUUGUUUCAGACACAAAAAAAAACAACAACUGGCCACUAUAGAAGCAUACAUCCUAAAGUUUCAAUGUAGUUCUCUUGUCUCAUAUUUCAAAUAAAUAAAUGACGAUACAGUGACGUAAUAGUCACUAAAAAUUAAAUAUCAUUAAAAAUUCAAAGUAUGAAAGCAUUAUCUAAUGUGAUGAUACUCUACUGUUUAAUCCAGAUAAUGCUAAAAACAUAACAUCUCGACUUCACAAACAACUAUCACUGGGCUUGAUCGUUAUAGCAGGCUUCAACAAGACCUGUGACGUCGCUACCUGUGGGCAGUGAGACCAAUAGCACGUUGCCACGUCAUACAGACUUGCGACGCGGCAACGAAGUAUUGGUCUUCACCGCCCCACAAGUUGCGACGUUGCAGGUUAGUGUUUAGGUCUUCUAUGACGAUUGGUCUCGGCUUGAUCAGCAAGGCUAUCAAUUCAGUAUUUUUAAUCAGACUGUUGACUUGCUUUGUGCGAGUGCCGUAAACAUGCGCUGAACGAGAUGUUCUUGGUCCUUUUUUGGGCCUCAAGAUAACCACUAAAAUGUAUUAGUAUCAAGAACUUUUCUGAAAGACCCCUCUUGAGAUAAUCUUUUGUCCAAGCACGCUAGCGUUUGUCUCUUCAUAGUACUGAGAAGAAUGUUUAAGUAACAUUACAUACGCCCAUAGAGAGUUGGAUACACAUUGAAUAUACAGUACUUGUUACGUUUACUUUAUCAAGUGUUUAUAGAAUGCUCUUCAUUUGUAGAGUUUAAUAUUUUGGAUUCAGUUUUUUUAAUUUUCCAAUCCAUUGUCAAUAAAUCAAAACUCUUAGAUUCAGAUUUUUUAAACUUUUAUUUUUUAAAAUAGACCUUUCUAAUAAAUGAUCAAAUAGAGAUAUCAAAAGACAUGGUAAUGUGUGUCAUUGGUCCUUACUUUCCUAAUCUGUUGUCAGAUAUCUCUUCCGAAGAUUGUAGGCACUAGGUGCCUGAAGUACUAAUAUCCCAACCCCAAAAUAGAUUGAUCCCAAAGUUUAAAAGUGUGUGUGUAUAGUGUGUCAGCUUUAUAACCCAAUUCCAACAAUGUAGUCACUGUAUCUCCAAUCACUAUAUACCUGUAUAUUGACUUUUUGUAACUUUUUAAUAAAGCUUUUAGGUCUACGUUUGUCUCAGAAAUAUUUAUUGUUUAUGUAGUUGUUUUAAGUUUUUAAAUAAAACUUAUUAGUACAUUAGAAUGUGUUUGAUUCAUUGUAUGUUACAACCAUAAAAUAAAGAAUGUAUUAUGAUUCUAAAAUGAUUCUAAUUACAAUGCAUUUUGUCAUAAAAUUGGUGACUUAAACUUCUGUGAGAACCCUUCAAAUUUUAGAAAUGUAAAGUAAACAA